CCCUGAGUGGCCGCGGCAGUGAACUAUUGUCUCCUUCUGCUAAACGCGCCGACACUACAAUGGCGCUCCCGCCGCCACCUCCGGGACUGGAUCUCACUGAGUCGAAGGUGUCGGAAAUCUUUGGCACCCUCAUUAGUAUGUUUACUCUGGCUACUGUGGCUGUCGCAUUGAGAUUUUAUGCGCGCCACCUCAAAGGCAACCCAAUUUGGGCUGAAGAUUGGCUUUCUGUCGUGGCUUGGCUUGCAUCAGGUGUCCACUGCUUCGUCUCAGUUGCCUACAUGGUACCCAAUGGCACCGGCAAACAUGUUUGGGUUGGACCACCCCAGGCCGUAAAGGUUUGGGCCAGUGGGCUCUUCAUCUCGGAAAUCGUUUACACGAUCACCAUCGCAUGCGUGAAAUGGUCGACUCUGCUAUUCUACUGGCGUAUCUUUAGCGCAAAGAUAUCAAUUCGCAUGCCCAUCUUUCUCCUUGCGGGGAUGGUUUCGGCAUGGGCUAUCGCAGUGCUUCUGGUCACAUUCCUCCAAUGCAUACCCGUCCAUGCUUUCUGGCAGCGAUACGAUCCGUUUAACCCUUUACCUCCCGAUCAGUUCACGUGCGGUGUCGUGCUCCGACCGUUCUUCCAGGGAAACUCGAUUCCCAACAUCAUCACCGACGCUUUCAUCGUUUUGCUCCCCCUCCCCUACGUCUGGCAACUCCAACUUCAUCGCGCGCAAAAGAUCGCCGUGGCUGGUAUCUUCACCCUCGGUGCCUUCGUUACCAUCGUCUCCAUUAUUCGCCUCGUAUUUAUCAUGCGCGUCGAUUUACUCUCCCCUGAUAUUACCUGGAACUUCAACGACGCAAUCAUCUGGACGAACGUCGAGGGAAAUACUGCAAUUAUAUGCUCCUGCCUACCCGCUCUGAAACCCCUACUCUCCCUCGCUCUCAAAGGCACGCUCUCUUCCACAAAUGGCAACAGCAAACCUUCCUCUGGCCCCAUCGGCAGCAACUACGCCUCGCGGGCGAAGAAAAGUGUUGGAUACGGGGAGGGAACACGCACUUCGCGUGGACCUUCUACAUUGCAUAAGGAUAGUCGGGGAAGUGACGAUGAGCGACCGUUUGUGAGAUUGAAGGAGACGGAGAGCGUUGGAACAGGCGAUCACGAGCUGCAAGAUCUGGAAAGGAAUGGCAGUGUAAAAAGGAUUAUGGUUACGAAACAGUUUAGUGUUCAUGAUGGAAGGGCUUAG